AUGGAGAAUAUGACGGAGACGUCGGACAUAUUCGGUGGUGACGAGGCAGGCAAGGAGGCGGCCGAUCGCGUCGACUUCAUCGUCAACUCUGUCAUGCUUCCCAUCGUCCUCGUCGUCGGCAUCAGUGGCGACGUGCUGAACAUCAUCGUCCUGUGGAAGAGUGACAAGCUGCGCGGGACGUCGUACACGUAUCUACGCUGGAUGUCGAUCACCGACCUGGCCGUUCUCAUCGUGAAGUCGGUCCAGGUGACGUUCACGCGUUUUCCCGUCGAGUCGAGGCCGCUGUCGACUGUACGCUUCUACGCUCACGGUUAUCUACUACUCAUCAACUCGUUUGUUUGCAUGAGUAGUUUGCUGGUCGCUGUCGUAAGCAUUGAGAGAUACUUAUCAAUAUGUCAUCCGCUGAGAUUUCAGUUUCUGCACACGAAAAAAACGGCUCGCAUCGCCAUCGGCGCCAUCGUCAUAGUUUCCGUCAUCAUCCACAUUCCGCACACGUUCGACAGAUACGUGGCUAAACACGUUAGCCAGACAACGAACGCCACGUACUACACACGGGAGUGGAACCAGUCCGUGCGCAACAUCGUUAUUUACGCGUACGUGUGGCCAGUCGUCCAACAAUUCUUUUACUCAUUCCUCCCGAUCGUCUGUCUGCUCUGUCUGAACCCGCCCAUCAUUCUCGCGCACCGACGCAGCCUCGCUCAGCGGCGCAGAAUGCAGGCGAAGCAGACGAACGACGCGGCGCGCCACGCGAGAGAGCAGCGUCGCAUGCUCGUCAUGUUGCUCUGCGUCUCCGUCGUGUUUCUCGUCUGCAUGACGCCGCAGGCGAUCCUCGCCAUCCUCAUCAGUUCCGUGUCCGUCAGCGCCAUCAACACCCUGGCGUUCUUCAUGUUCCGACAGAUCGCAAACUUGCUCGAGAAGAUCAAUUUUGCGGCGAAUUUCUACGCGUACAGCUUGGCCAGCGGCGCAUUUCGUACAAGCUUCAGGGAAGUGUUGCCGUGCUGUUUUCGCUGGAGAGUGCAGCCGGAGAGUUUGAGUGAUCGUACACCGACUGGCGGAUAG